AGCUUUUGGAUAGAGAUAUAAAGAUAAGCAGCUUUUUAGAGAGAGAGCUCUGCCCCAGAAAAAAAAGGACUUCUGCUUAGAGCUCUCUGCUUUUCAUUAUUGUACUACAAAUACUUAUACACGGUCUUCAGAGUCUUAAAACCAACUUGCAGAAACUGCUCUAGCCUUUAAUUCCCUUCUCUCAAACUUCUCUCUCUACCUUCAAAGAUUCUCAGCUCCUCUGUCGGUUUGUGCUAAAUUUAUCUCAAAAUAUCAUCUUUUUGUUUCCGUCUCUACCUUCAAUUCCCUCACGCAUUCAUCCUCCAACUUCUUGAUUUUAGGGAGAGCCAGAGAGAUACAGAGUGCGUGUCUUUGAAAUCCGUUCAAGGGUGAAUUUUGUCUUUCACUUUUUAAGCUGGGCUUGAGCUCUUUAAUUGCAUUGACUUGAGAGCCUCUGUUUUCUUUGGUGGUUGUCGGGUUUGAGGCCGAGUUUGAUUUUCAAGGCUUUUGUAUGCCUUAUAGGAUGCUUGGUGUUUAAGGUUUUACCAAUGGGUUGGUGAGAGUGGACCUGUUUCAGUCUUCUAUGUUCUUUAUCUUCGACAUCAAGCCUUCUGGUUGUGCCAUGUAGUUUGGAAACCCUGUUCAGUGAUCACAAAUCGGGUCUCAAAUAUUUGGAGUUUUCCAAACACGAUUUCUGGUUUGGGAUUUUUGUCUAUAUUUGAUAAUUUUUGAAGCUAAACUGAGUUGAAUUAUUAAAGAACCGAGAGGACGUUCUAAGCUUUGCACUGAAUUGAAAUUCUGGUUUAAGGCUGUGAAAGAUUUGUGAGAAUAAGUUAUUUUAAGUAAAUGCAUGGAUCAAAGGGACCCCAUGGCGUUAUCUGGUCCGACAUCGUAUUAUAUUCCGGGAAGUUUGUCUGGGUCUGGAACACAGUCUGGGUUACACGGAUCACUAGGCAUCCGUCCCUUGUCUAAUCCAAAUGUUCAAUUCCAACCCAACAUUGGUGGCAGUACUAUCGGAUCAACAUUACAAGUAGAGCCUCCAUCUUCAAUUUCACCUCAUAGUGUCAAUGUGGGUGCACCAUCUGCGGUGGUGCCACAGAGUGAGCCUGUGAAGAGAAAAAGAGGAAGGCCCCGAAAAUAUGGUCCGGAUGGGACCAUGUCAUUGGCAUUGUCUCCCUCAUCCUCUACUAAUCCAGGAAAAAGUACAAUGACGUCAUCCCAAAAGCGGGGUAGAGGCCGGCCACCUGGGACUGGAAGGAAGCAACAAUUAGCUUCUUUUGGUGAAUGGCUGUCUGGUUCGGCUGGGAUGGGUUUUACUCCACACAUCAUCACCAUUGCGAUAGGAGAAGACAUUGCAACAAAAAUAAUGUCAUUUUCACAGCUGGGGCCUAGAGCUUUAUGCGUCUUGUCGGCCAAUGGUGCUGUUUCUACUGUGACUCUUCGUCAGCCUUCGAUGUCUGGUGGCACUGUCACAUAUGAGGGGCGUUUCGAGAUAUUAUGUUUGUCAGGAUCUUACUUGCUAACAGAGAGUGGUGGGUCUCGCCAUCGAACUGGUGGUCUAAGUGUCUCCCUUGCCAGCCCUGAUGGUCGUGUCAUUGGUGGUGGAGUAGGGGGACUGCUUAUUGCAGCAAGUGUUGUUCAGGUGAUUGUGGGGAGCUUCAUGUGGGGGGGUGGUUCAAAGACGAAGAACAAAAAAAAGGAAGCUUCAGAAGGUGCCAUAGACUCAGAACACCAGACAAUUGACAACCCAGAUGCACUAACUAGCAUUCCACCAACUCAAAAUCUCAGUCCAACCACUUCAAUGGGGGUUUGGCCGGCAUCACGGGCAGUGGAUAUGCGAAAUGCUCACAUCGACAUUGACUUGAUGCGCGGGUAACAACUUUUAUUGAUAGAUAAAUGAACAUUGUACAUAAAUUUCACUUUUUUGAAUGUGAUUUUUCUUGAAGCAACCAUUGACAGGAAGCCAGUUGAUCUUGGCUUUGAUUACUGUUGACUUCAUGUACCCUGUUGUAGACAUUGGGAUUUGACUCUAUUUUUGUAGCUUAAUGGAAAUUUAGUUGGGAAUUUUACAUUCAUGAUUUCAGUUA